GCACGCGCGCCGCCUCAUUUCCGGUGCUCUCUUUCGCUGGGUCGCUCGGGUCGGCUUCGGUCGCCGUCGCUCCCGCUCUCCCACCCCCGCCAACCGCCGCUCGGGCCUCUGCCGCUGCCGCGUCGCUUCCUUGAUCCCUCGAUCGCACAUCCUCCCCAAUGCAGCGCCGGGACGACCCCGCCGCGCGCAUGAGCCGGUCCUCGGGCCGCAGCGGCUCCAUGGACCCCUCAGGUGCCCACCCCUCAGUGCGUCAGGCGCCGUCUCGGCAGCCGCCGCUGCCUCACCGGUCCCGGGGAGGCGGAGGAGGGUCCCGGGGGGGCGCCCGGGCCUCGCCCGCCACGCAGCCGCCACCGCUGCUGCCGCCCUCGGCCACGGGUCCCGACACGACAGUGGGCGGUCCAGCGCCGACCCCGCUGCUGCCCCCUUCAGCCACUGCCUCCGUCAAGAUGGAGCCGGAGAACAAGUACCUGCCCGAACUCAUGGCCGAGAAGGACUCGCUCGACCCGUCCUUCACUCACGCCAUGCAGUUGCUGACGGCAGCAAACACCAGAUGUUUGAAUCUGAAAGCAAGUACGUGCAGAUUCAGGAACGUCAGACUAAAUGAAAUUGAGAAGAUUCAGAAAGGGGAUUCAAAAAAGGACGAUGAGGAGAAUUACUUGGACUUGUUUUCUCACAAGAACAUGAAGCUGAAGGAGAGGGUUCUGAUACCUGUCAAGCAGUAUCCCAAGUUCAAUUUUGUGGGGAAGAUCCUUGGACCACAAGGGAAUACAAUCAAAAGACUGCAAGAGGAGACUGGUGCAAAGAUUUCUGUGUUGGGAAAAGGCUCAAUGAGAGACAAAGCCAAGGAGGAAGAGCUGCGCAAAGGUGGAGACCCCAAAUAUGCCCACUUGAAUAUGGAUCUGCAUGUCUUCAUUGAAGUCUUUGGACCCCCGUGUGAGGCUUAUGCUCUUAUGGCUCACGCUAUGGAGGAAGUCAAGAAGUUUCUAGUACCAGAUAUGAUGGAUGAUAUCUGCCAAGAGCAGUUCCUAGAGCUUUCCUACUUGAAUGGAGUACCAGAGCCCUCUCGCGGACGUGGGGUACCAGUGAGAGGCCGGGGAGCUGCACCUCCUCCUCCACCUGUUCCCAGGGGCCGUGGUGUUGGACCACCUCGGGGGGCUUUAGUGCGUGGUACACCAGUGAGAGGAGCCAUCACCAGAGGUGCCACUGUGACUCGAGGAGUGCCGCCCCCACCUACUGUGAGGGGUGCUCCAGCACCAAGAGCACGGACAGCAGGCAUCCAGAGAAUACCUUUGCCUCCACCGCCUGCACCAGAAACUUAUGAAGAAUAUGGAUAUGAUGAUACAUAUGCAGAACAGAGUUACGAAGGCUACGAAGGCUAUUACAGCCAAAGCCAAGGGGACUCAGAAUAUUAUGACUAUGGACAUGGGGAGGUUCAAGAUUCUUAUGAAGCAUAUGGCCAAGAUGACUGGAAUGGGACCAGGCCAUCACUGAAGGCCCCUCCAGCUAGGCCGGUGAAGGGAGCAUACAGAGAGCACCCAUAUGGACGUUAUUAAAAACAAACAUGAGGGGAAAAUAUCAGUUAUGAGCAAAGUUGUUACUGAUUUCUUGUAUCUCCCAGGAUUCCUGUUGCUUUACCCACAACAGACAAGUAAUUGUCUAAGUGUUUUUCUUCGUGGUCCCCUUCUUCUCCCCCACCUUACUCCAUUCUUAACUCUGCAUUCUGGCUUCUGUAUGUAGUAUUUUAAAAUGAGUUAAAAUAGAUUUAGGAAUAUCGAAUUAAUUUUUUAAGUGUGUAGAUGCUUUUUUUCUUUGUUGUUUAAAUAUAAACAGAAAUGUACCUUUUAUAAUAAAAAAGAAGUUGAGUAAAAAAAAAAAAACACAAACCUGUUAGUUUCAAAAGUGACAUUGCUUGCUUAAAGGUUCUGAAGUUAAGGCUUGUUAACUUUCUCUUAGUUUUGACUUGAGGCAUCCCGUAAAGUUGUAGUUGCAGAAUCCCAAACUAGGCUACAUUUCAAAAUUCAGGGCUGUUUAAGAUUUAAAAUCACAAAUGUUAACGGCAGUAGGUGCCACCAUGUAAAAGUGAGCUCAGACGUCUCUAAAAAUGUUUCCUUUAAAAGCACAUGGCGGUUGAAUCUUAAGGUUAAAUUUUAAUAUGAAAGAUCCUCAUGAUUUAAAUAGUUGAUGCAAUUUUUAAGGUUAAUUGAUUAAAAAACAACAACAACAAAAUUAGGUUCGUAAAACUGACUUUUUCAUCAUGUGGGUUUUGAAAUCUAGCCCCAGACAUACAGUGUUGAGAGAUACUUCGUGGGAAGUAGAUUUUGAAGAAGUUGAUUUGGGGAGAGGGGCUGGCCACUUGAAUUUGAUGCAGAGCUUUUUAGUCAUGAACAACCUUUCAGUAAUAGUACUAAUAAUUAACAUUUCAGUAUUUAAAACGACAGAGUAUUUUGUCCAUCUGAGAUUCUGCACUCCAUGAAAAGCUCACUUGGACACUGGGGCCAAAAACUGAUGAUUUUCUUAAGUUGAUGGUUAUCAAUAUUGAACUGUUCCAAGGUAGUUAGUCAAGUAUGUCUCAACACUAGCAUGAUAUAAAAAGGGACACUGCAGCUGAAUGAAAAAGGAAUCAAAAUCCACUUUGUACAUAAGUUAAAGUCCUAAUUGGAUUUGUACCGUCCUCCCAUUUUGUUCUUGGAAGAUUAAAUGCUACAUGUGUAAGUCUGCCUAAAUAGGUAGCUUAAACUUAUGUCAAAAUGUCUGCAGCAGUUUGUCAAUAAAGUUUAGUCCUUUUUUAAUCAAAGUAAA